AUGUCCGCUGGGUUCGCCAUGUAUGGCGUGGGAAUACUGGCGGCAAGUGCAGUAGCUAUGGCCGUCUCUGCCUGUUUUAAUAGUCUAUAUCCGAAUCCAACGUUUGGGGAGAAGGACAUCUUGCGGAGGAUUGUCUUAAUGCUGGGAACCGUUCCGGCGGGUGUGACAUUUUACUGGCGAAUGAAAGUUCCGGAGACCCCUCGUUUCACGGCGCUUGUGGCUAGAGACGUCGACAAGGCGGCGGCAGACAUGUCAAAAAUUAUGGGCAUAAGCAUUAAUGAAUAUGAAGCAGAUGUUUCAAGGAUCCGCACCAGGAGGCCCUCUUUUGGGUUGUUUUCCAAGGCUUUUAUGAAAUCUCACGGAAAACACUUGGUGGGAACAAUGUCAUGCUGGUUUUUCUUAGACAUUGCAUUCUACGGCUGCAAUUUGUUUCUGAAAGAUCUAUAUAAAGCAGUCGGAUUGUUUGAGAAGUCGGAGGUGUACAAAAAUCCGGUGGAUGAAGUUUUCGACAUAGCAAGAGCGCAGGCGUUGAUUACUUUAUGUGGGACUCUGCCCGGGUGCUUGGCCAACGUUUUGCUUAUAGACCGUCUUGGGAGGUUAAAAAUCCAGCUAGUUGGGUUUUUACUUAUGUCGAUAUUGAUAAUAGCCAUGGCAGUUCCUCUCGAGACAUACUGGCUUCGCCCAACGCAUAGACAUGGCUUUCUAUGCAUAUAUUCAUUGACGUUUUUCUUCACGACGUUUCGACCCAGCAGUACGACCUUCAUCGUGCCGGCGAAGUUGUUCCCUGCUCGCCUGCGAUCGACCUGCCAUGGGCUGUCUGCUGCAGCAGGAAAAGUAGGCGCCAUGAUUGGAACGUUUGGGUUCUUGUUAGCAGGUAAUCAGAGAGGGAUAGGUGUAAGGAAUACCCUUGUCCUCCUUGCAGUUGGAAGCUUUUUGGGUUUUAUUGUGCACAUUUCUGAUUCCGGAAACGAUGGGAAGAUCGUUAGAAGAAAAUGA